UUGAGUGUUGUUAGCAAAGAAAAUGGAGAAACUCAAAGUGGUCUCACCUUUCAGACUCUCCUCUCUCCUCCGCCUCCAAAAAGACCCCAAACUCGCCCUCCAACUCUUCCUUAACCCUAACCCUGAUAAACCUAAACCCUUCCGUUACUCUGUCCUCUCCUACGACCUCAUCAUCUCCAAGCUCGGUCGAGCCAAAAUGUUCGACGAAAUGGAACAAAUUAUCGAAAGGUUAAAACGCGAAACUCGUUUCAUUCCCAAAGAAAUCAUUUUCUGUAACAUCAUUAUGUUCUACGGCCGUGCUCGCUUGCCGGACAAAGCUCUUCGUAUAUUCGCGGAAAUACCCUGUUUUCGAUGCCAAAGAACUGUGAAAUCCUUGAAUACCCUUUUGGACGCUCUUUUGAAUUGCAGGGAAUAUGAUAAAAUGAGAGAAUUUCUUGUGGGUAUCGAUAAAUAUGUGUGCCCGGAUGUGUGUACUUAUAAUGUACUGAUAAAUGCUUAUUGUAAGAGUAAUGAUAUGGGUAAUGCUCUGAAUGUGUUUGAUGAAAUGCAAAAGAAGGGGAUUAAGCCAAAUGUCGUGACAUUCGGAACUUUGAUUAAUGGGCUUUGUGUGAAUUCGAUGUUAGACGAAGCUUUCAAAUUGAAAGAGCAUAUGGUGAAAAUCUAUAAAGUGAGACCUAAUGCUUUUUUUUAUGUCUCUCUGAUUAAAGGUCUUUGUAGGGUUAAUAAGGUGGAUUUCGCCUUGAAGCUUAAGGAGGAGAUGUUGAGAUAUAAAGUUGAAUUGGAUUCGGCAGUUUAUUCUACUGUGAUUAGUGCACUUCUAAAGGUUGGCCGGAAAGGAGAGGUUUAUGGGUUGUUGGAUGAAAUGAGAACAAAUGGGUGCGAACCCGAUAAGGUGACUUAUAAUGCCAUGAUUUAUGUGUUUUGUUAUGAGAAGAAUUUUGAUUCGGCGUUUGGUGUUUUGAAUGAGAUGGAGGAAAAAGGGUGUAAGCCGGAUGUUAUAAGUUAUAACGUGAUUAUUCAUGGGCUUUGUAGGGUGGGAAAAUUGCGGGAAGCAAAUGAGUUGUUUGAAGACAUGCCGAGCCGGAAGUGUGUUCCAGAUGUUGUAACCUACAGGACACUUUUUGACGGGCUUUGUGAUGGGGCGAAGUUCAAGGAGGCAGCAUUUAUUUUGGAUGAGAUGGUUUUCAAGGGAUAUGUUCCCCGUGCUGCAAGUAUAAACAAAUUUGUGAGUGGUUUGGUUCAAGAAGGGGAUAUAAAGUUGUUGUGGCAAGUUUUGGAUAGUUUGGCAAAAGGAAAUUCUAUUGAAGUUAAUACAUGGAUGAUGGUUACAUCCAUGGUGUACAAGAAAGAUAAGCUGUCAAAUGACAGUGAGUUUAUUGAUACUCUGAUAAUGGCAUAAAAUUAUGCUUUUUCAGUCGAACGAAGUUGUUCGUGUGCAAUUAUCUCUAUGCUUAUGCGCGGGUAUGCAUAUUUGUGCCUAUACUUUCACUCUUGCUCACAUGCUAGGUGUUCUGGAAUUUGUUCGUAUUUGGGACCCACAGGAGAACAACAAAUGACUUUACAAGUCAUAAAGUAGGUUGCACUAUUGCAUUCUUUCAUGAAGUUCCAAAAUUUGCAAGGUUGUAGCUCACCAAUCAACUUAUUGAGUUAACUGAAAGAGAAUUACCAGGCACUGCCGUUCUAAUUUCCUUUGUGAGUGACCUCUCCGAUUCUAUGAUGUCAGAGGGAACUUCUUCAUUUUAUGUCAGCCUUAACUUAAUGGAAGACAAUGCUGCCAACCAUUAGUCACUGUCCAACCAUCAUCAUGCUCUUGAGCAGCCAUUACCCAAUUAUAGUCACCACAUAAUUGAUCAUUAUAUCCCGCUACUUCCAUCUGCAGUUCAAUGGGCCACCUUUCUGAAGUCAUCACUGCAACCAUUUAUGGUGUUUGUUAUCAACAAUGCGUUUAGGCUACAAACAGCGUAGCCCCUAAACCACACCAUCAAGCUCAGUAACAAUGCAAUUGAUCAUUCUACUCAAGGGGACUAUCUGAUCAUUAUAGCAAAGAGAAAGGAUGAAGAAAUAAAGUUUCCAGUCUAGUUGAUGGCGGGUUGUUUCCUGUGGAGGAAACAAAUUGUGCUUACAAAGUAUUUUUGGGAGAUAUCCAUUUUCCUGGAGAGACUGAUUAUAUAUGCUGGCAUAGUGGCAUCUUGCUAUCACCAGAAAUACAGAAACAAAUAGUAAGGAUUCGAAAAAAUUGAAAAAUUGGAUCUAUGUCCCACGGGAUCACUCCUAUCAAGAUAAAGGAUUUGGUUUUAAUUUGACCUGUAGUCACAAAUGAAAUAAAAGAUGGUAUACAAUUAGCAUCACUUUUCUACCUGAUCCAUCACGAAUGAUGUGGAAAACAUAGUAGCAGACCAGAAGCCAUUAAAUCAUCAUGUUUUUACUUCCUAUUAAUUGUAGCUUCUUAACUAUGUUCCUGUCUCAAUCUCCUGUUGAAACCAAACCAUUUGUUUCAGAACCAGCUAUGGUUUCAAUUCUAUCAGGACCUAGAUGACGAGUAUGC